AUGGAGGUAGACGGCGGGUGUUCAUCAUCUAAGAGAAAGGAGAUUCACUCAAUUGAAACCAACAAACCCUACAGAGGAAUCAGGAUGAGGAAGUGGGGGAAGUGGGUUGCCGAGAUUCGAGAACCCAAUAAACGUUCUCGUAUCUGGCUUGGUUCUUACUCCUCCCCCGUCGCCGCCGCCCGUGCCUACGACACCGCCGUUUUUUACCUCCGUGGCCCAUCGGCACGUCUUAAUUUCCCUGAUUCAAUCGGAGACGACGGGGACUUACAUGACCUCUCCUCCGCUUCGAUUAGAAAGAAGGCGACUGAGGUCGGAGCUAAGGUGGACGCUCUCCAGAAUCAGCACGGAGGUACCCACCACCACCACCACUCUCCGUCGACCGGAGGACUUUCGGGUCGCGUCUGUUUAAACACGGAUUUGAACGAGUACCCGAGUCCAGAAUCUUCCGACGAGAAUUAA